AAAGAAAUCCUUAACACACCACUGUUGACAGUUCAUGAGGCAUCUGUGGAGGAUCUUCUGUUGAGAGAACCAGAACCAGACCAUCCCGGGAAAUGCCAAGUCACAGGCGUCGUUCUGGGGGAUGGGAGCACCAUACAUGCUGGGAGUGUUAUCCUGACCACCGGUACGUUUCUGAGGGGUAUGGUCCUCAUCGGACUGGAGAUGCACCCGGCUGGGCGGCUAGGGGACCAGCCAGCCAUUGGACUGGCUCAGACGCUGGAGAAACUGGGAUUUGCUGUGGGCAGGCUGAAGACUGGGACGCCGCCCCGACUCGCCAAAGAUACGAUUGACUUCAGUGGUCUGGAGGAACGUGCAGCUGACAAUCCUCCGGUGCCGUUCAGCUUCCUCAGCGAGGCUGUGUGGAUCAAGCCGGAAGAUCAGCUGUCCUGUUACCUGACUCGCACUACCCUGAAAGCCCAGCAAAUUAUCCAUGAUAACCUCCACCUGAACAGCCACAUCCGGGAGACAACAAGGGGCCCACGAUACUGUCCCUCUCUCGAAUCAAAGGUUCUGCGCUUCCCAAACCGAGAACAUCAGGUGUGGCUGGAGCCGGAAGGCUUGGAGUCCAAUGUCAUUUAUCCCCAAGGCAUGUCGAUGACCCUGCCACCUGAGCUCCAGGAGCAGGUGAUCAAAUCCACCCCAGGCUUGGAGAAAGCCAAGGUGUUACAGCCAGGCUACGGGGUGCAAUACGAUUUUUUAGAUCCUCGUCAACUGACUGCUUCUCUCGAGUCCCGUCUUGUUCAGCGCCUCUUCUUUGCAGGCCAGAUAAAUGGAACUACAGGCUAUGAAGAAGCUGCAGCUCAGGGUGUGAUUGCUGGGAUCAAUGCUUGCCUGCGGGUUCAUGGCAAGCCCCCUUUCAUUGUCAGUCGCACUGAAGGCUACAUCGGUGUCCUUAUCGAUGACCUUACCACUCUGGGCACCAGUGAGCCGUACCGGAUGUUCACCAGCCGCGUGGAGUUCCGCAUGUCCCUCCGGCCUGACAAUGCCGAUGCCAGGCUCACCCACAGAGGUUUUGAAGAAGCUGGGUGUGUGUCACAGCAGCGGUACGAACGAGCAGUUAAGAUGAAAGCUGCUUUAGAGGAUGGAAUUGCAAUACUAAAAUCCCUUCAGUUCAGCAUAUCCAAAUGGUCCCAGUUAAUACCAGAAGUUCCCAUCAGUAGCAGUCGAAGGUCGCCUGUCAGUGCCUUUGACAUCCUGCAAUAUCCGGAGGCCAACAUGGAGGUUCUGGCAAGGGCUGUCCCAGAUCCCCUGGCAAAGCUUGCUCAAUGGAGAGAACUGUCAGAGAGACUGAAAAUAGAAGCUGCCUACGAGUGGUGUGUAGUCAGUCAACAGCAGGAAAUAGAAGAAGUGCGUCGUGAUGAAGCCCUCCGACUACCAGAGGACCUAGAUUACUUUGCCAUUGACGCAUCGCUCUCAGCGGAGGUGCGGGAGAAACUGGACUCUAACCGUCCCCAGACGAUUGGUGCAGUCAGCCGAAUCCCUGGAAUUACACCAGCUGCUAUCGUUAACCUGCUAAGAUUUGUGAAAACCAAUCACCAGAAGACAGAGAAGCUAAAAGCUUUACCUCGGACUGGCAAGUGUUUACCAGGGAAAAAGUACUCAGAGAAAGCAGCUUCCCAAAACCAGAUUUCAGCAGAAUUUUCUGAGGAGGAGCCAGCCUUUGUGAAAACACCGUUAGAGGCUGUCAUGCAGCAGGAGGAUGGGCAGAGCUUGCAGCUUCGGGGCAUCAUCUGUCUGCCUGUCGGCACCCCCCUGUCACCAGCUAUCGGCCUGUACGGAGCAGCUGCAGACGUGACUCUUUGUCGGCUCAAAGAAUUACUUCAACCUUGUAAGCCCGAAGUGCAGCGUAAGGAAGGCAGCUAUGCUUUCUGUGGUGUAACUCAGGCUCCAGCUUUCCCAACCGUGUCCCUACAGAGUCGGCACCUCGUCGCUGUGGGAGAGGGUCUGCGAAGCAAACGGCUCCGCGAGGGCCGAUGCUGCGGUGGAGAUGGGAGGCGGAUGAAACGAAGGGUGAAGGCGUUUGUGUCCAGCACCACCUGCAAGUCCCCGCACAAGCCCCAGGAGGGACCUUUUGAGGCACCACUGGGGACCGAUAAGCACACGCUGUUCUUGUUCCCAGUGCCUUAG